AUGACUCAAUUUGUUGGACGGGACAUCCUGAAGCAGAUGGAGACAUCCCUGCUGGAAAAUGAAGCCAUCAAGCAAGUCAGGAUCGUCGACGUGGCUGACGCAGGUGCACCAUACCAGGACCUUGUCCUUGGCUACGUCCUCAGCGAUUCCGUCAGCGGUGACGACGACGAGCCCAUCCGUCUGGCGUACGAGGGGCUCAUCGCCAAGAUGCAGGAGGCGGGCGGCGCGCGAGUUGUGCCCGAGACGUGGAGGCGCUGCGACAUCUUCCCUCUGGAUGCCUCGGGCGAGAUUGACGAGGAAGCGCUGCGGGUUGCCCUGAGCCAGAACGGCGGCCAGGAAGUUCCCUAUGAGACGGACGAGGACAAGAUCCUGCGCAUCAUCGCCUCGGUGCUGCAGCUUCCCCAGGACAAGCUCAACCGUUCCCAGUCCUUCUUCCAGAAUGGCGGCAACGCGGACCUUGCCAAGGCCGUCUCCAGCCAGCUCAUGAUGCUGGACGUUGCGCUUCAGGUGCCCCAGAUUGUGCAUGCAGAGUCGCUCGACGAGCUGCCCUCCCUCGUCAUCGCCAAGCAGCCUUCGCCCAUGGUGACCUUUCCGCCUACGCCACUGACUGCUCGCAUGCGCCAGAUCGGAAUCUAA